UAAGAAACACACUGAUAUGAAAAUCUCCGCGAAAAUCUUCAAUGAUUUUGAGAGAUUGACUUGUUCUCUGCAAAAUCAAAUCGUGGCUUUUACCUUUUCCUAACUCUUAACUUACAAAAAUCAAAACUUUAUCGUUCCCGCUUACUUCACCACCGUGACUUUGAGAGCCAAAGAGGCGUAAUCACGACGCCGGUAAUGAACAAACGCCGUGGAGUAACACCCGCCGUGACGAAACGGCGUCAGGUGAUACACGUGUUACCAGACGAGACAGCGAUAAGAGUUGUCUGCCACGCUUCAGUAAUCGGUGGCAUAAUUGGUUCGAACGGCUCCGUCGUUUCGCAGCUCCGCCGUGAAACCGGUACCAAAAUCCACUGCGAGUCUCCGGUUAACGGCUCCGACCACUGGGUUGUCUUCAUCGUUGGUUCAACCGCGGUUAAUAAAAGCGUUUUGUUGACUGAUAGAGUCGGUGAUUUCUCUGGCGGGGAACACGAAGAUUGGGUGACGUGUGAGGUCUCCGCUGCUCAGACGGCGUUGAUUAGGGUUUUGGAGAGGUCUUGGGUGGUUUUAGCGGCCAAGGAUGGUGGCGGAGUUGUUGAUGGUGAAGAUGAAGAGGCUUGUUGUGGGAUUUUGGCUGAUCGGAAUCAGAUUGGUGCUGUUUUGGGUUUGGGUGGGAAGAAUGUGGAGUGGAUGAGGAGAGAAUCUGGUGCUAUGAUUAGGAUUUUGCCUCCUCCUGUUUGUGGUACUAACACUGAUGAACUCAUUCAGAUUACUGGUGAUGUGUUGGCUGUGAAGAAGGCACUUGUUAUGGUAUCAAAUUGUCUUCAGAAUACUCCACCUCUCAACGGGUAUCCACCGCCACUUUGCAUCAAAGCUUACGAGUCAUCUACUGAUGGAAACACGGAGGAUCCGCGUUCUGAGCUUUUCUCAAACCUGCAUUUGCCUAAUGCUUCAGAAACUGCUGCGUCGAGUCAACAUUUACCAUCAGCAUAUGAGGAAGGAAACAUGUUUGACGAUUCAAAAAAUACAGAACGCAAAGUUGUGUUCAAGAUGAUUUACUCGAGUGUUGCAGCUGGAGGCAUUAUUGGGAAACAAGGAACAAUUAUCAGAGUUCUGCAGAAUGAAUCAGGUGCCUCUAUUUCAAUUGGAGCUCCUUUAAAAGUAUCUGGUGAACGAGUUGUUACCAUUUCCGCACGUGAGAACCUCGGGUCAGGGUACUCUCAUGCACAAAAUGCUCUGGCUCUUGUCUUUGCAAGAUCUAUUGAGAUUGAUGUUGAGAAAGGUCUGCGUCCGGGAUUGCACAAAGGUGCUUUGGUGAAAGCUAAGUUAUUGGUACCAUCACAGUUUGCUAAUAGCUUAAUGGCAAACAGAAACAGAGAAGCAUUCAUAGCAACUGGUGCUGAUGUGCACAUUCCAGUAGGCGACCAGAUUUUAGAGAGGAUCUCAGAAAAUGAAGUGGUGAUUGAGAUCAAGGGAGAGUAUAGUCAUGUACAGAAGGCCUUGACCCAUAUUUCCUCUAAGCUACGUGAAAACCUAUUGCCAAAGAAGGUACUCGGAGAAAGGAGAGCUGGAGUAAGUAAUCCAUAUGAAAAUGCAGGAACAAGCGAUACAUCUAAUCUGCAACCAUCACAACAAAACGCAAGCAGAGGUGAGUCUCUCUCGGUAUCAGAUGGUGAACAAGAGUUGAAGCUGGCCAGAAGCGGUGCAAUGAAAUCAGUUGAUCCUGUAAUGCAAACUGAGGUCCUUAAAGUGGUGGAUAAAGGCAAAGGCUUUACACUUCAACAAAUUUUGCUGGAGGAUGACUUGACACAGGGAAUAAAACAGGAUCAAAUUUCUAGCAACGGAGAUGCCUAUUUUUCACAACCACGCAGAAUUAAAGGUGUAGCUUUGAGAAAAGUUACCUUGGAGUUAGUUGUCGAGAAAGAUGCUCUUGGUUCACUCUAUGGCAGAGAUGGCACCGGUCUGGAUAAUCUAGGACAGAUUUCAGGAGCUAGAGUAGAUGUGAAGGACCCUACCGGAGUUGAAGCAACGGUCUUAAUCUGUGGGAAUCCUGAGCAAACCCGCACAGCGAUGUCUUUGAUCGAGUCAAUCCUUGCUGAUCAAUGAGACUGCCUUUUGCAACCUUCGGAUGUUUAGUUUUUGUGUUAGUCAAGCUCAUAUAUUUCUAGUUGUUUUCUAACUUUGCUUCAUAAUGCCACAUUUGAUGCUAUAUAUUUGUGGUACAUGUCAUCUUUUUAUUUUUAGUUAUUCUUUUUACCAUUUUUAA